AUGGCCGAGCCACUUAGCACCACCGCAAGUGUGAUUGGCAUUAUUGCCCCAGCUUUGCAUGGAAUACGGCUUCUUUUGGAUGACAUACAAAAUAUCAAAGACGCCCCGGACACCAUCCAAGCCUUGAACGACCACUUAUAUCGAGUCAGCCUGGCGCUUUCCUCUCUCCAGGGCGUUGAACCCGAAGAGUGGGAGUCUUUAGGUUCUAGCGUCGCAGACCAAGCCAAAUCAACUAUUCAGUUUUGUACAACUACAUGCGAUCGAUUCAGAGCCGAUCUCAAACGUUGGACCAGCCACUCCCACGGCGGAUCAUUUUCGUGGCGGGAUCGAGCCAAAGUGGGCUUCGUGAAACAGGGCGAAAUCAAGUCGAUUCAAAGACAACUUCAAAACUGCCAAGUCACCAUUAAUUCGGUGAUUAGUAUAGCCACAUUAUAUUGCUCGUUUCGUCGAAACCCCGCUACCGAAGAAAUCAAAGAAGCGGUGUCAGAAGCGAUAUCUAGAAAGCGGGGCGAAAUCUCAAGUGCCGCCAAUACGACGGAUUCCCAGCUAGUCGACGUCACAGACAUACUAGAGAAACUUAUUGUCUCUAGUGAUGUUCAGGACACCGAGGAGGAAACGGUACAGAUGUCCAGGCAACUUCGUGAAGAGAAAAAUGCACUACGUUGUUCUCGCGAUCUUCUAGCCAAGCUUUUUGAAAAGGCUGAAGAAGACACUAUACGGAAAGCAACAGCCCAAAACCAAGAACAUUUCCCACGCGUGACAUUUGGAGGCCAAAACACUGGCUUUCAGAUUGGUGUGAACAAUGGGCCUAUUAGCGGGAUCACUUUCGGGGUUAAAUGA